AGAGAACCUGUCUCUAUCAUGGGGCGGUGAAUUCCACAGGCUAGUUAUGCAGUGCGGAUGCGACCCCUCCGAGAUCUACCGGCCGGACAUCGAUUCGCAGAAUGGGAAGCCAAAGGAGGACUUCCGCAACUUUAAGGAGGGGCCACUGAUGGAUCGGGUCUUCAACACCUACCUGCUCAUGCACACCCACCAGACUGUGGAAUUUGUGAAGAAGAAGAAUGAGGAGUACGGGGGUUGCAGCCUCCGGCGGAUGACCGUCAUGGAGACGCUAGACCUGCUGGACACCGUGGUGGAUGAGUCAGACCCGGACGUCGACUUCCCCAACUCCUACCAUGCCUACCAGACGGCCGAGGGCAUCCGGAAGGCCCACCCGGACAAAGACUGGUUCCACCUAGUCGGACUGAUUCAUGACAUGGGGAAGAUCUUGGCAGUGCUUGGCGAACCGCAGUGGGCCGUGGUGGGGGACACGUUCCCAGUGGGUUGCAAAGUGCAGGACUCUGUUGUCUUAUGGGACUCCACCUUCCAUGACAACCCUGACAUGAAGAACCCGAUAUACAACUCCACGUAUGGAAUCUACCCGCCUAACUGUGGCUUGGAGAAUGUCCUCAUGUCCUGGGGCCAUGACGAAUAUAUGUACAAAGUGAUGAAGCAGAAUAACUUUGCCCUGCCGCGGGAGGCUUUCUACAUGAUCCGCUUCCACUCCUUCUACCCCUGGCACACGGGAGGGGAUUACAUGCACCUCUGCAACGGAGAAGACCUGCGCAUGCUGCCCUGGGUGAAAGAGUUCAACAAGUUUGACCUCUACACCAAGUGCGAAGAUCUGCCUGACCCUCAGGAACUCAAGGAUUAUUACCAAAGCCUCAUAGACAAGUACUGCCCAGGAAAGCUGCAGUGGUGA